UGUGAGCAUAUUAGGCUUGUGCUCAAGUCUUUCCACUGGCUCCCAGACCUCUUCCCAAAGCCAGUUUAAGACCUUGGUCCUAAUUUUUAAAGCAGUUAAUGGAUCAAGCCCCAGCUACAUCCAAGACUAAAUUUUGAUUUAUGGGCCACCAUGAUGGUGGUUCUCCUUUAGGACAAUGCAUAUUUCAAAGCCCAGCACAAAGCACCUGAGAGCUGGGGUCAAAGCAUCUUCUGUUGAGGACAUCCAGCUAUGGAGCAAUCUUCCACGGGAGACCAAGCAAAUCAAGAGUCUGACUAUCUUCAGGACAUAUUGGAAAGCCAUUCUCUUUGAGAAGAAAUUUCUGCCAAUGCUUUUCUUGUGAACAAUUUGGGCUCUAGUACUAAGAAGACCUGGGGCAUCCGCAGGAAACAGUCCUGGAGAUACACUGCACAACUAUUUUAGAUUUCCCUGUUCAGUAAUAGUCAGCAUGCUAUUAUUCUCUCACAUGUUGGCUGUAGCUUCUCUUCAGAUCUUCAUCCUCUCAGGGAAUUGGGCUCUAGCCAAGAACAUCAACUUCUAUAAUGUGAGACCUCCAUUAGACCCCACUCCAUUUCCAAACAGCUUUAAGUGUUUCACCUGUGCAAAUGCAGUUGACAAUUACAACUGUAACAGAUGGGCUGAAGAUAAAUGGUGUCCUGAAAAUACAAAGUACUGCUUGACAGUUCAUCAUUUCACAAGCCAUGGAAGGAGUACAUCUGUGACCAAAAAAUGUGCUACCAAGGAUGAAUGCCGUUUUGUUGGCUGUCACCCCCACAGAGAAACAGGCCAUACAGAAUGCAUUUCUUGCUGUGAAGGGAUGAUCUGCAAUGUAGAAAUACCAACCAAUCAAACAAAUGCAGUGUUUUCAGUAAUGCAUGCUCAGAGGAAAUCAGAUGGCAGCAGGACGACAAUUAGCAUUCUGGUGCUUGCAUCAGUCAUAACAAUUAUGUUGUUAUGAUGCAGCUUUCCAUGUGCCAAAUGUGAUUCAGAGGGAUAAACUUCAUGGGCUCUAACAUGACGCUAUAAGAAGAAUGUUUCAGUUUGAACAAAGUCUCCGUCCCCCUUCAGAUUAUAGAAGAUGGUAGGAAAACAUGGACAUGCACAUCAUGAAGUUUGUUGAUCAUUUACUGAAAAUUCUUUCAAAGAGUCUGAAGUAUUUAAAAGAAAAAACUGCUCACCAGACACUGCAGUAGACUUUAACCAGUUAUCUGAAUUCUUCAUUUGGUGGUAUGUAUGUGUGUAUGCACUCUGCACAUUACUUGAACAAGGAAACUGAUUGUCUGUAGGCAGUCAAUUGAUCAGGUGAGAUAAAGAGGUACUUCUAGAUGCAAAAGCUGUGCCAAGCUUAUCUCAAGAGAAGCCACUUUUUUUCAUAACUUUGUGUGUUGACUUGUUGUGUUGAGUCUCUUGUCUGCCUUAUUGAUGAGAAAAUGUUACAUUUAAGUUCAUCCUUAACAUGGUGUUCAUGGAGAACUGUACAUUUUCCAACAAGGUGUCUAAGAAAUAGACAAAAGUGCCUUUUUAAAUUCAGUUUUGGUCAGAACUUUCAUGUCCUAUGGAAAAACUGAAAAAUAUUUGUAAAAAUUUUUUUUGUCUCUCCUACUACAACAUUGUGACACCUCCUCAGAUUAUACAAUGAUGAAUUCACACACACACACACACACACACACACACAAAAUCCUAACAAAAGAUGCCCAACUGCUUAGGUUCCUAUAGGUCUCUAUUUAGGCAUGUAACUAAAAGCGGUCUGAUUUUCAAGAGUGCUGAAUACCUGUAUCUCUUUGAUAGGAUUUGUGGGUGAUCAGUUCUUCCAGAUUCUUCCAGUGGUUCUUCUCACCACUUUUAUUUAGGAGUCUAACGUUAGGCACCCAGCUUUGAAAAGUAUGGCCUAAGUUUCUAAAAAUAAUGUUGCCAGUCUUACCUUUGUUUUCAUAGCUGUAGUAGAUUUUUUUUUAAAGCCUGGUUUAUUGCAUAUUUUGACUAAUGUCGCACAUCUGACCAGUUGGAAAAAUUAGAAAUGGUAGAAUUUAGGUUACUGUUGCACGUUACAAAAAAAUCUGUUUUUCUUUGUAGGCCUUGCAAUGAACAAUGUGUGUGUCAUAUUUAUGUGUCUUCUCAUCCCUCUGGUUCAAGGGCUGGAUACUUUCAAAUUCACUGUCUCUUUCACAUGAAGAAGUCAAUCGUGAAGACUGAUAGAAAUUGAUUUCACUUAUUUUCAGUCAGUAUUCGGUCUGAUUUGCAACAUACGCCAAUGUUGACUAUUUUUGUUAUUAAUAUUUUGGCUCAGAUUCUCUGUGCUUGAAAACUCCCUGAUCCUGUGGACCAGCAUAUGUCAGCCUGGUCCUGAGCACAACCUGAAGCCUCAAGGCUCCCAGCAGUCUCUGGGACCUGGGCUGAUGGUUAUGGAUGGAGGGAAGUUUCAGCCAUGCCUCCUUUUUUGCCCAAGCCUGCACCCAGAGCCUUCACUUACUGGAUCCACUAUCCCCUUUGCACUGCAACAUGGUCAUGAGUCUGACCCAUACAGUUGGAACAGAGCACUGUAUUGCAUUUUUUGUUUCAGAAUUUUUUUUUGGUACUUUAUUUGUGAAUUCACCACUAACAAGUUAGACUCUUUGGAUUUCUCGUCAUCUUAGUUUUCAACAAAGCUUUCUGUUUAAUCAGAAUUGGUUGAAAAAUUCAGGGGAGGGGGGAAGUUGUGAAAAUUUUGUCCAAAUAUUUUUGUGGGAUUUUUAAUUGAAAUUUUCAGUGCAACAUAAAGAUUUCAUCAAAAAUUGAAUCUCUGAAAAUUUUGACCAACUCUGUAGUUUUCAGCCUGUGUGUGUCAAAUCUUUUGUAUUUCUCUCUAACUUGUUUAAGUACACUUAGCUAUUUUAAUUUUAAUUGGCAAUUGGAAAACCUCCUUCGCUGAUGUUUUCAAAAUUGAUGAUGGUCUACACCAACAAAUAUCCAGAGAAGUUCUUAGAAUGGUGACCCUUUUUCUUCUAUUUUUCCUGUAUGCAAAUAUGUGACAUGUCUAAAAUCUAUCUCCAUGAUCUGAUGAAGAGGUACUUACAAAAAAUAAUUUAGAGUUGCAAAAAGUUACAGAUGGAAAAGAUCAUUCACUCCCUUUGCUUGCCAAUGCAGGUUUCUUUCCUGCCAUCUAAAUCUAAAUAUUUCAAGCAAUGGAUUUUUGAAAUCAUCUUAUGGAAGACUGACUAUUCCAAAGCCUAAUAGAUCAAGCUAUAAGGAAGAAUUUCCUAGUAUUAAGCAAAAUGUUUCUUUCUUUAAAUGUAAUGUCUUUAAUGCUUCUUUAAUUGUUAUAUCAGUCUAGCAGGUAAUGACAGCUAUAGCUGAGAUCACAGAACACUUUCCAUUGUUAGUUCCUGGUUUUAGGUUUCUGAAACAUUCUCUUUUGGGCUGACGUUUUCGGGACUUGGUUCUCUGCCCGAAGUGAAUUCUUCAGAAAACCAUUGAAAAGAUUUUGCUUUAAUUUUAUUGAACUAUGAAAGCAUGUAAGAAUACAUUUUCCUGACUUCUGCCUCUUAACCUGCACACUCCCACCACUGGCCAGCCCUCCAGGUGCUCCCUCAAAUUCUAUUCCUUGAAAUGAUUUGUGCAGUUGAAAAUGACAAUAGAAGGCUUAACAAGGCUUGUGGCCUUAGAUGAGAUUACUGUAAAUAGUUUAAGAAGUUCUAAAACUUUAGAUUUGUUUAUUCUGCAAAUAAGAUUCCAAACUACACAACUUGGGAGCAGAGCUAGGAUCUUGAAGUACUGGCCAGAAGGUUGGCCAUGCUUAUGCUACUUUAAGAUUUUCUUGAAGUGAUAAGAUUAUCUCCUGUGCAUGCAGAGGUGAGGAAUGCAAUUGACAAUAAUAAGAGACAGUAGUUCCUCACUGGCAGUCUGGUGCUUGUUAAAUCUGCACAUGUGCAGGCUGCUAAUGACAUUGAUAGGCUCUAGUUGGCCUUGGUUAAUUGGUGCCUGCUAGUUAUAACACUGUUUUUUUCUUUUUAAGAAACCCUAGGAAAUAAAUGCAAAAAAUGGUCAAUUCAACAUGAAGGCUGCACAAUUAAGCACUCGGAUCAGGACAUGUGAAAGCUAAGAUUGACUGUGCAUCAUUGCCUCUGCCAUUUUGCACAUACAUACAGUAACGCCUCGCUUAACGUUGUAGUUAUGUUCCUGAAAAAUGCGACUUUAAGCGAAACAAUGUUAAGCGAAUCCAGUUUCCCCAUACGAAUUAAUGUAUAUAGGAGGGGUUAGGUUCCAGGGAAAUUUUUUUCA